GUUUUUUUCUGAAAAUAAGACAUUUUAGAAAUAUGUUUGUCGAUUGUCAUCGAAAAAUAUACUCUGGUGGUAAUUAUAUAAAUUACUAAUUACACAUAGUGGUGAAAUGAGUUCCAAAUUUAUUAUUGAUAGUAUGCUUCCAAAGUAUCAUACAAAUCAUCAAACCACAGCUGCAAAUCUUGGUGUUCAUCCACAAUUUCAAGGACAUUUAUUCCCAAAUUCCCCAAGUUCAGGUUUAUCUGGUGUAUCUAGUGCGUUAGACAGUCUUACAUCAUCCGCUGCAUCCGCUGUUAAUUAUAGUACAACCUCAUCGCCAGCCGGUUCAUCACCAAAUAGUACAUCAUCAUCGGCAUCACCUGGAGCUACAAUUGUUGCAAACAGAAUGUAUCCAUACGUAUCUGCUGCGACGGCAGCUGCCGCACACCACCACCAUCAACAGCAACAAGCCGUAGCGGCUGCAGCUUUCGGUGCAGCGGCUGCAUCUGGUUCAAUGGUACCUGGUUUCUCAUCUUCAGCGGCUGCCGCCUCAUCAGCAGCAUUAGCCGCUGCGGUAGAUGCCGCGGCUGCAGAUAAAUCAUGCCGGUAUACAGCCGGUCUAACGGGUGCAACACCCACAGCCGACUCAAUGGUCAAUUAUACACUUGGACAUCAUCACCAGAAUGGGGCUGCAGCCGCCGCCGUAUCAGCAGCAAAUAGUGUAAGUGCAGCAUCUGCAUCAAUGCAAGCCGUCGCUGCACAAUUUUACCAUCAGGCCGCGAGUGCUGUGGUCGAUCCAUUAUCAUCGGCAUGUAACACACAACCAGGUGCCACACCGGGUGGACAGCCUAUUCCAGACAUUCCUAGAUAUCCAUGGAUGUCCAUUACCGACUGGAUGAGCCCAUUUGACCGUGUGGUGUGCGGUGAGUACAAUGGGCUUGGUCCACUGGCAGCGGGCGGGAUCGGAGAAAGGAUGAUUGAAGCUGCAAACCUUUUGGGUCCAAAUGGAUGUCCAAGACGAAGAGGAAGACAAACAUACACACGUUUUCAAACACUUGAACUAGAAAAAGAAUUCCAUUUUAACCAUUACUUAACCAGACGACGACGAAUUGAAAUUGCUCAUGCGCUAUGCCUAACAGAACGUCAAAUAAAAAUUUGGUUCCAAAAUAGACGAAUGAAAUUGAAAAAAGAAUUACGUGCCGUCAAAGAAAUAAACGAACAAGCGCGAAGGGAACGGGAAGAACAGGACCGAUUAAAGCAACAGCAACAAGAAAAACAAGCAAAAUUAGAACAACACCAUAACAGUCAUCAUCAGCACCAUCAUGAUCCGAUGAAAGGUAUGAGUUUGGAUAAAACGGGAGGUGCAGCUGAUUUAUUAAAAGCUGUUUCAAAAGUUUCCACAUAA